UCUGCGCGAGGUGGAGUGACGUCAUCGCGUGGUCGCCGUGGCCGGCUUCCCCUGGAAGAGUGAGUGCCAGACGAGUUACCAUGGCGGAAGAAGAUAUUAGUGGAGAAGACUAUCCAACAGAAAUUCAUGACUAUCUGUCAGCUUUUGAGAAUUCCCUUCGUUCUGUGGAUGAAAUGCUGAAGACCAUGAUGUCAGUUUCUAGAAAUGAGUUAUUACAAAAGUUGGACCCACUUGAACAGGCCAAGUUGGAUUUAGUUUCUGCUUAUACAUUGAAUUCAAUGUUUUGGGUUUACUUGGCCACUCAAGGAGUUAAUCCCAAGGAACAUCCAGUAAAGCAGGAAAUAGAUAGAAUAAGAAUAUAUAUGAACAGAGUCAAAGAAAUUACAGACAAGAAAAUGGCUGCCAAACUGGAUAAAGGAGCUGCUUCAAGAUUUGUAAGAAAUGCUCUCUGGGAAGCCAAACCAGAAAAAGGAUCAAAGUCCUCAAAUAAAGGAAAAAGGAAAAAGUGAAUCUUUGGUUUUGUUUGGUGAAUAUUCAGAAGUCUUUGGCCCUAUCCCUUCAAAAUAGGUAGAAAAUGAAAGAAGAUUGUAUUGAAUUUCAACUGGAGAAGCUAGGUUUAAAUAUAUGUUGGUAUGACAUUUUUCCUUGAAAUUUGUUACAUGAUGUGUCCCCCCGCUCCAAUAUUUUAAUUGAUUUUUCUAGUUCUUAAAAAUUUUAAAUUUCAUAUCCAUAUUUUGCUAAGUACUUACCUGUAAAUUAUUACAUUUCAGCUUAGUGUAUUUUGUAAACGCAUUUGCUAUUAUACUGCUUGUAUAAAUUACGUGAAUUCUGCAAGUGAAAUUCAGUGUUAUUAGUGCAUCUCUUUUCAGCAUUUGUGUUAAAGGAUGAAGUGACUGAAUGUUUCUUUAUGGUACAGUUAUUAUGGCUAUCUCUUUUUUGUUUCUAGAAAUCAUUGACCUUUUAAAAAUAAGUAAUUGAAAUAUGAUAUUAAAACUUAGUCAUCUAUAGUUUACGACUAUUUGUCCCAGUGUCCAUUUAAAAAUAAAUGGAAAUGUUAUUUGAAUAAGAGUUGAUUUCAUACUGAGUACUAGAUUUUGAGCAAGAAUCACAAAUUAUUUGACCUGAAAAGAAUCCCAGAUGUCAUCUACUUUCAACAUACUCAUUUUAUCAGUGAAGAAACUGCAGCCCAGAAGUGACUUGUUCCUGUUUCUUUACUCUAAAAGCUAGAGUUGUUAUCUUUAUUGUUUUAAUGACUCUUUUGAGUAAGUUUUUUUGGAUGAUUCACUUAAGAUAGUUAUCCUGCUCAUAGGAAUUGUGUUGCAGAGGUUCCUAUGAAUAGUUAAUCGAAAUUACUUGUUCUUGGUUCAAAAUACUCAGACAGCUCAUCAAGCUCACUUUCUCUCUCUCUUCUUUAGUGCUUUGUCUGUUCUUCCAGUUAUGUUUUCUUAGGUUAUAUUAUGGUAAUAAUUGCAAGUGUCUGUGUCAGGCAGAAUCCAAACAGGGAGGUUACAGCAUCCUUGUAAUUUGUCUCAUUUUGAUGCAACGUUUAUUAGUGAUAGUUCUGUAUUGAACUUUUCAAUAUUUCAUGAACUUUAAACCCGUGAACUUUGACUGUAUAUUUCCAAUUAAUGCAAAUGUAAAAAACCCAUGCCAUCACAUACAGGAAUGCCAAGAACAGUAAAAUACUUUAAUUUUUGAGAAAGAAGAUGGUAUGAUUUCUGUGUGAUUAAUUCUCCAUAUGUAACCUUGAAUAAAUGGAUUUCUUGAUUUAUAGAAACAGAUAUUGGAAAUGGUCUUAAAAUGUAAUGGAUUUUGUAAAGCAUUUUGGGCUCUUUCUGUGACACGUGAUGAGGAAAGCAUUGAUGGAGGCACAAAUUCUGUUCUGGCUAUAAUGUCAGAUAAUCUGAAGAGUGGAAGAACAUUUAUAACUACUGAAUACUCUACCUGCAGCCUCUCUAAUAAAAUUAUUUUCUUUAAAACA